AUGGGGGGUAUGGAACUACAGGGUGUUUUUUACGGCAUACCCGGAGUGAACGCCACCGACGAUUGCGAUCCGUACGAAAAAGCCAAAACCAAACUCAACGAGCACUUUUCGCCUAAACAACACGAUUGUUUCGAGAGAUUCCAAUUUUGGACAAUGUCUUUAGAUAAGGAUGAACCGCUCGAAAACUUUCUGUUGAGGAUUCAACAAAAAGCCGAGAAGUGUACUUUUGGUACAAAUGAACUAGAGUGUCGUCAGAAUGCUAUUAUUGAUAAGGUUAUUCAAAAUGCACCAGAAGACCUUCGUCGAAAACUUCUCGAGAAGCAACAGCUAACUCUUGACAAUGUUACGAAAAUGGUCAAUGCCUUCCAAUCAAUUAAACAACAAGCCUCGCAAAUGGCACCUAAUCGGUCAAACAUUCAUACCGAAGUUAAUCGAACAAUUGUCAGGAAAAACAACUUUCCAUUUUACAAGGACACUGGAAUACCAGCAUUCAAGGCAAGAUGUCACUGUUGCGGUAGACUUAAACAUCGGGAAGGAGAGAUAUGCCCAGCUGAAGAUAAAACAUGCCACCGAUGUCGACGUACUGGACAUUUCCGUACAAUGUGUAAAACUCAUUUGGAAAGAGAACCGGAGAGACGACAAGAACGACAGAAGCGAAGACACUCACCAGCUAGAGCUGGAUCAGGGUAUCAACCAAACUAUUCUAAACGAUACAGAAAUGUAAGAAAUGUCGAGGUUCACGCGGGAGAUGUGGUCAAAGAAGAAGAGCUUCCUGUGUACAAGAUAUCUGAUGAUGGUGAUGAAUAUGUCACAUGUCGGGUAGGAGGGGUAGAAAUCGAGAUGCUUAUAGACUCUGGAUCUACCUACAAUCUAAUCGAUGAUAGCACGUGGGAGCUUUUGAAGCUCAGAGAUGUUGACCUUCAUUCACAACGAUUUGAUUCUUCCAAGCGGUUUCUUGCGUAUGGCAAAGUGCCGUUAAAAUUGCUCACUGUUUUUGAUACGGUUCUCGAAAUCGAUGACGGGGCUAAAACGAUCUCAACUACGACGACAUUCUACGUGAUAGAACGAGGCCAACAACCACUUUUGGGAAAACUCACGACACGCAAAUUAGGUCUGCUUCGCAUUGGAUUACCAAGCGCACUCCAGGAAGACGUAAAUCGGGUAGCCGAAGUAAAAAUCUUUCCAAAAAUUAAAGAUUUUCACCUGGUACUUCCCAUCGAUCGAGGUGUUCCACCGGUGAUCCAGCCUCUUCGGCGCUGCCCAAUUCCCAUCCUUAGCCAAGUGAAAGCUAAGUUAAAUGAAUUGUUGGCUAUGGGAAUUAUCGAACGUGUAAUGAAGCCCACAUCUUGGGUUUCUCCGCUGGUACCGACUAUGAAGGAUAACGAGCUCGCUGAAGAAAGUCGGGACAUUACCACGUUCGUAACGAAUUGGGGCCUGUUUCGGUACACACGUCUUUUGUUUGGGGUGAACUAUGCACCACAGUUUUUCCAGCAUCUCAUGGAAAGCAUCCUGUCAGACUGUCGUAACACAGUGGUGUUUAUCAAUGAUAUCCUAAUCUGGGGUGCCUUCGAAGCAGAGCACGACGAAGCGGUGAAAAAAACCUUGUCGGUACUAGCCUCUCAUGGUCUGUCACUCAACAUCAAUAAGUGCAAGUUCAAAAAACAGCAGAUCGAAUUUCUUGGACAUAAUUCAUCUCCGGAUGGAGUCUUGCCUUCGGAAGCUAAGAUAACUGCAAUGUCGAGCACCACGAAACAAGGAGGAACUACGCAGUUUCCUGGGCCUUUGUCCAACCAGUUUCAGUGGCAUCCUGACCAUGAAAAGUCGUUCGAAGCACUCAAACGGCAGCUUGGCCACGUUGAUCACCUGGGUUACUAUGAUCCAAAAGACUAUACCAUUUUGGUAACUGAUGCUUCAGGAGUUGGUCUCGGUGCCGUGCUGGUACAAAUAAAGAACCAUCAAACCCGAAUUAUAAGCUACGCAUCUCGCAGUUUGUCAGAGACAGAGCGUCGUUAUCCACCAAUAGAAAAAGAGGCCCUAGCAAUCGUGUGGGGUGUUUUGAUAUAG